CCCGACUCUGCCCACCAGAUCUCUCUUCCUCUGCUAACUGCUCCGUUGCUGUUGGAAGCAUCGAAGGAGUGGAGUCGUUUCCUUUUCUUGCAAGCGAGCGAGCUCGGGCAAAACCCUGAUUUUUCAAGGGGUUAACAAUUUAACAUCACUCAUUGGCGAGCGGUUGAUCUGUUUAUUUCUGCUCUCGUCGUCAGUUGUUCUUGCCGGAAGAAAUGGCGAGGGACUCGAUGCCGCGGCCGUGGUUUCUCGAUUUGGUGCCUUUCAUCGUGGUCGUGCUAAUAGCAGCGCACGUCCUCGCUCUGGUAUACUGGAUUUACAGAGUAGCCACUGAGAAAAAUCCACUGAGGAGGAAGGCACAUUGAGCGAGCGUCUUCCUAGGUAGUUGCUGGCUGGACUCUUCACGGAGUUGAGUUGGAUACGAGAAUAUACACGGUUGUACGAUGCUGCGUUUUGCUACUAGCUGUUUGUCUGUUGAUCUUCUUCUCCGUGGCGAUUGCUGUUGUACAUACUCACACUCCUAGACCGCCAUUGCCUGUUUCAGAUCUGUCAUGAUUGAUUGAUAAAUUAGACCGGCUGAUAACAAUGUCAUCAGUUCACUAACUCUCGAUUGCUAUUCAUAAAAGAAAAAAGCUCUCAAUUGCUUGC